AUGUCGGACGGAAAGCGCGCCGUUGACUCGGACAAGGUCUGGACGACCCUCAUCACCAACCUAGACUACCUCUCCGGCCUCCUCACCCUCCACCACUCCCUCCUCAAGUCCGGCUCCGCGUACCCCCUCGUCGCGCUCUACACAGACACCUUCCCGGCCGAGGGCCUCGCCGCCCUCGAGCGCCGCGGCAUCCCCGCCCAGCGCAUCGAGUACCUCCUCCCGACCGCCGGGCGCGACUACUCCAACGACCCGCGCUUCUACGACUGCUGGAGCAAGCUCACCCCCUUCAGCCUCGACCAGUACGCCCGCGUCGUCCAGCUCGACAGCGACAUGCUCGUGCUGCGCAACAUGGACGAGCUCAUGGAGCUCGAGCUCGACGACGGCGACUUCGCCGCCGAACACACCCCCGCCGAGCUCAUCGGCGCCUCGAAGCGCGUCGACGCCGAGAGCGGCUACGGCUCCGGCGAGGACGGCAACGGCAGCGAGCUCUCCGCCGCCGCCGGCAAGCGCAACCCCAGCGUGCGUGUCUUCGCGGCCGGCCACGCGUGCGUCUGCAACCCGCUCAAGAAGCCGCACUACCCCAAGGACUGGACGCCGGAGAACUGCGCCUUCACGACGCAGCACGGCACCCCCGAGGAGGCGCAGCGCGUCGGCCCGGACCCCGUGACGGCGAGCCCGCUGGGCUUCAUGAACGGCGGGCUGCAGGUGGUCAACCCGUCGAAGCGGCUCUUCCGGCAGAUCGUGCAGCACAUGGAGCAGGGGGCGAUGGACAUGGACUUUGCGGACCAGAGCCUGCUGUCGGAGCUGUACCGCGGGCGGUGGGUGCCGCUGCCGUACGUGUACAACGCGCUCAAGACGCUGCGGUGGGAGGGGGUACACGACGAGAUCUGGAGGGACGCGGAGGUGAAGAAUGUGCAUUAUAUCCUGGCGCCGAAGCCGUGGGACGAGGUGGAUGCGGAGGGCAACUGGACUGGCAAGGAGGAGAGUCAUCGGUGGUGGGUCGAUUUUAACAAUGAUCGCAAGGCGUCGGAGAGGGCUAUUGGGGUUCAUGACGGGUUUUGA